GAGGAGGAGGAGGAGGAGGAGGAGGAGGAGGGAGGAUGCGGCGCGUCGGACCCCGCGGCGGGGCGGGCGCUAUGUCAGAGAGAUAACGCGGCUCCGCCAGCAGCCCGGGGGUAGUCUCGGUGCCAGCCCCCCCCUCCCCGUCCCCCCUCCACCCCCGGGAGCCGCUCGCUUCUCGGCCGCCGGGGAACGGUGGGGGAGCGGCGGCCGGCCGUGCCGGGGCAGCCCGCCCCCGGGGGGGCAAGGGCCCGGGAGGCUGAGGAGAGCAGGCAGCAGAGGCGGGGAGGAGGAGGAGGAGGAGGAGGAGGAGGAGGAGGAGGAGGAGGAGGAGGAGGAGGAGGGCAGCGCCAUGACUCAUUUGCAGGCAGGUCUCUCCCCGGAGACUCUGGAGAAAGCCCGGCUGGAGCUGAACGAGAACCCCGACACCUUGCACCAGGACAUCCAGGAGGUGCGGGACAUGGUGAUCACCCGGCCGGACAUCGGCUUCCUCCGCACCGACGAUGCCUUCAUCCUGCGGUUCCUGCGGGCGAGGAAGUUUCAGCACUUCGAGGCGUUUCGCCUCCUGGCCCAGUACUUUGAAUAUCGCCAGCAGAACCUGGACAUGUUCAAGAGCUUCAAGGCCACAGACCCGGGCAUCAAGCAGGCGCUGAAGGAUGGCUUCCCCGGCGGGCUGGCCAACCUGGACCACUACGGCAGGAAGAUCCUCGUCCUUUUUGCUGCCAACUGGGACCAGAGCAGGUACACACUGGUGGAUAUUUUGCGGGCCAUACUUCUUUCUUUAGAAGCCAUGAUAGAAGACCCUGAGCUUCAAGUGAAUGGAUUUGUUUUGAUUAUAGACUGGAGCAACUUCACCUUCAAACAGGCCUCCAAGCUCACACCAAGCAUGCUUAGAUUAGCCAUAGAGGGCCUUCAGGACAGCUUUCCAGCCCGGUUUGGAGGAAUACAUUUCGUCAAUCAGCCGUGGUAUAUCCAUGCCCUCUACACAGUUAUACGUCCCUUUCUGAAGGAGAAGACACGAAAAAGGAUAUUCCUGCAUGGCAAUAACCUCAACAGCCUGCAUCAGCUAAUACACCCUGAGAUCCUACCUUCAGAGUUUGGAGGAAUGUUGCCUCCCUAUGACAUGGGGACAUGGGCAAGAACACUGCUUGACCAUGAAUACGACGAUGACAGUGAAUGCAAUGCGGACUCCUACAAUGCUCCUGCAAAGGAUAUAGAAAAAGAUCUCUCUCCCAAAUCCAUGAAAAGGUCUCAGUCGGUUGUGGAUCCUGGGGUGCUGAAACGCAUGGAUAAGAAUGAGGAAGAAAACAUGCAGCCUUUGCUUUCACUUGACUAACAGUUCCUGAGCAUCGGACAUGAACUGAGGUGGAAGGCACUGCCUCUCAGCAACAAGCAAACCGUUGGGAAAGUGUGUACCAGCUGGAAUCCUAUUUACUCAUGUUAAUGUAGCAUAAUGGCAGCAGGCAGCAGGUUUUACUAUUCUGCCUGAAUUCUGGAUGCCCUGGGGUGAAAAAGAAGAGGAGAAAAAAGGAAAAUAAAAUGAAAUAAAAAAUAAAGAGGGAUCAGUAAUUUAUUCUGUAAGUGCCAACUUGUUUGUAAAUACAACAUAAUCCUCCAGUUUGACUUUGUAAGUUAUGGUAAACAAAUGCCAUGGAAUUGAGUGACUAUUAAAUAUGUCAGUGAAGUGCACCAUAAAAAAGAGAAGAAAAAGUGUGCGCACUCACACACAUACACACAGAGAAACGCAUACUGGACAAAGAAAAAUAUCAAAGCCAAUUAAAUGUUGUCCUUCUCGUAGGAAGCCAUAUUGCAGCUAGCGUAUUGACUGCUGUUUUGUUUUCUCUCUGCAAUGCUCAUGUAGUGUGCAAAGAUAAAGAGGGCAUAUAAGAACUUGGAGAUGCUGUAGUCAGUCAAAUAUUUCCUAACUGUAGGAAUUGAUUUCCCAAAUAACGUUGUGGCUUAGGAUUGUGAUUUAGCAUAAACCAUGUAGCAUUGUGAAAAAGAUAACAGAUGAGCUGGAAUCAACUCUGACAGCUUUGUUGUUUGGCUGUAUGGAUCUGUGAGGUUUCUUCCUUAACUUUUCAUUUGUAGUUCGCAGGUAACCUGGCUUGUUACCCUAAUCUGGGUGUUGUAAUGUGCGACACAUUGGAGUUACUUCUCUUGCGUUUUGGGUGCACGUCAAGAAUUUUUCCAGAACUCUGUUCUCCCUUGGAAUGAGAAAAUAGUCCUCUAAAUACAGUGUAAUAACCGGUGUUUGAAAGUAAAGUCUGGCAGCAGAGGUUAAAAGUUAAUCACUGAAUCCUGUGCACUGGGAGACUGGAUACAUAUAUAUAUUUUUACCAAUCUCUGACAAGCAUACAAGGUGACAUUGUUAGACGAGUAUAUUUAAUUGAAGGUUUAUACAAAAAAUCAUACCUAUUCAAUGUACUUAGAUAUAUUAUAGAUUGUAUAUUGAGACAAUGUCAUUAUUAAUAUAGUAAAACUUUCCAUAGAACAACAGCAUCCCACUCCAAGAAAGGAUUAAUAUAAUAAGUUGUAGUCAAACAUCUCAGCCUAUGUGUUUAGGACACUUUUGUUUUGGUUGUUGUGUAACUGUAUAUAUUGAACAUGUGCCAUAAUAGAGAAAUACAUUUUACCUCAAAAGGGCAACAGGUUUUGCUAGGGAUUGGGUAAAUCAGCUGAAACGCGGGGGCCGUGUCAUCUUUGUGUGCUUGCUGACAUGUGUGCAGCCUGUUGUAUGCUGAGGCAAGAAUGUCAUUUCUUAUUAGGACUUCACUCGGCAAUCAGAGUGAGAAGACACAGGGAGCCCACCAAGACAUCUAAAUAGUGAGAGGUAUUGUAAGAGCAUGUCCAGGUGAUGCAGGGAUUAAUUAAGAAUACACUGACCACGGUGGGGGAGAUGAUAGCUCACAGCAACCCCACCUCCCAAGCACCAGAGUUUAAAGAAUUUCUUCCAUCGCUUCUGUGAUCACUGAAGUUUCAAAGUCACUGGUUGUAGGUCACCUCUCCUCACCCAGGAGGAUUGCAGCUGUAAGAUUUAGUAGGCUGGGAUGAGUUAAGAGAGAGUGGAGAGUGAAAUCUUGGAAGCAUGUCGUCUCAGAGUUUAGCUGUAACUCCUGUGGUGGCAGCUUUGGUGUUUCUCAGGGUUGAGACAACCCUGUCUCUUCCAGCAUCACCCUUGAUUAGCCCAGGCAGCACACAGACAAAGCUUUCCUAUUUCGCCGUUCAUUAGCAGCGCGGAUAAAUAGCGUGUGCCCCAACUUGCCAUCGCAUUGCAGGAACUUGUCUGAACAAGUCAUCGCCUUUCUGCUCUCCCAAUUCUAUUCUUCUCCUGAACGUCUUUUCAGUCUGUCCUGCAAGUUUUCAGUAGUAGAAACUGUUGUAAUACUAAUUCCAUGGUUUGAGAGACUUGAAAGAUUGAUGAAUUCUUAUAUACUAUUUGAUUCAGUCCUAUUUUUCACGUACCUUGUAACAUCAUGCUGGAUAGGUGAGAUGUGUCUCUAGGGUUUGCCUACGUGCCAUAUUUGAAUGUAUGUUAUAUAUGCCCACACUUACAGUUAGUGGAAUAGUAUAUUGCCAUUGAUCUGAUUUUUAAAUCCUUAUCAGAUAAAACUUUAACAUCAGUAGAAAUUUUCUCCUUGUAAGGGCUUCAGGAUUUUGUCAGUAUUCCGUAUGUAUGCAAACUGUGACACAGUGGUGAUCAUAAUCUUCAUGGAUGCUUUUGGAUACAUGGACCAAACCUUGGUGUAAACCAGCACAGCACUGAUUUUAGAGUACACCAACUGUCUGGUCAGAAAAUGCAAAUGCCUCUUACAUCCCCUACAGAGCAUCUCUGUAGGAAAGUGUUAUCUGCUUAUCUGUAUGAAGCUCAAAAUUUGUUUUGAAGCUUAUAAAUUUGUUUGCAAAUCCUUUAUUUAUGCACUUAGCUGUAAUUUAUGUAAUGUUUUCUGAUGCCUGAUUUCAGCUUCAAGUUAAUGAGUAUUAAUAUAUUCUUUCCAGAAAAAUGAAAGUAGGAUAUAUUAUAAUUUUGUGUAACUGGGACCUCAUCUUUCACGAAGAACAAAACUACUUUUUUCAAUAAGAUCCUCACUGUUAAAGAGUUGGGCUACAGGUCUUGGCUGCAGCUUUUAUUUCGCUGAAGCAAAUUCUGGCAGUGGUAACUGCAGUUGGGACAUUGAAUAAGAAUAUGAAAAUGGGUAAGAAGAAUAAUUAUCCUUUACAUGCUCUCAAUAUUCUUUAAAGGCAUUUCUCUUUUACACAUCAGGGUACAUAAAGGGUUUCUACCUUUCCCUUGCUUCUUGUAGAAAAUCUUUAUAGGUAGGUCAAUUUUUAAUAGAUUAAAUUUGGACUGAAAACUUUUUCCAAUCUUUAUUAUCAUAGGAAUUGAUGUCUAAUUUUUGUAGCAGAAUCAAAGUGCUAAAAAUAGAAUUCAAAUGCUUGGGAGGAAUUUCUCUUAAUUUCUUACCUUUGUUGUGUAUUGGAUAGAAUAAACCUUGUAAUUAUGCAUGCUGAUAUGCAUAUAAAAAAAUAUCCUGCAAUAUGAGGAACUUAGUGGAAAAACUGGAUACACCUGUCCAAGCAACUAAGUGAAAAAAAAAGGGGGAUAAAAAAAAGUGUAAAAAUUGAUAGUUUCAGGCCUUUGGCAAGAUCUAAAAAUGUCCCCUUAUAUGAUGUCUCUUCCAUGACACAAACAUUUAAAAAUAUAUGGAAAAGUUAUGGAAACUUCCAAGCCCAAAGCCUUCCUCCUGUGAUCAGAGAUGUCAAUAGUCUCGUGGCUUUAUAAAGACAGGUAAUCCGUCCCACUAAGCUCCAACAAAUACCCAGGCUCCCAAUUGUUAUUAGUUGUAAAAUAGCUUUAAGAUGUCUUUACAGAAAUGUAAAUUUACUGUAUAGUGCAUUUAAAAAGAUGUUUUGGACUCUACAAACAUGCUAUGCCUAGUCACAAAAGAUAUUUGUAGAGACAUACAUAAACUAAACACGGAAUUAAAGAAAAUAGGAGUAGAAGGGACCUCAGGAGGUCAUUGAUAAGUGGAGGAGCCGAUUCGCUUUAAUGUCUCUCUUAAAGAAUUGUUUUAGCUCAGUAGCUUGCAUGGAAUGCUCUUUGUAUUAUUUAAUCACAGUCACAGCAAAGCCUAAGCACAUUACGUGACAAAACUGUAACUCGACAGUAUUUUGUUCAUGCCUUUUAUUAUUUACCUGUUCUGUCUGGGAAAUUAAAAAGUUUGCCAAGCGUCAUAAGAACUACCAUUUAGAAUUACCUGGGAAACACUUUGGUCACGUCCCUGUUAUUGUAUUGUUUCUGUUAUUAUCAGUGUAUGUACUCGUCAAGAUUUUUGAAGUAGUCAUGUUUGAAAGAGCAUGGAAGAGAGAAAAAUUCAAAAUCAGGCUUCAGGAUUUUGUUUAGAAUAUUAAAAUAGGAUUGAGGGGGGCACUGAGUUUGGUUUUGAUAAUCUUUAUUUCCCUAUGGGGAAUGUCCUGCUAGCUACUGACAACAGUGUGACCAGGACAAAUUUGGAAAAUAAAUCUCAAUGUGAAAGGCGAGAGCAAAGGUCUCAAAGGAUUGUACUGAAAAAUCAAUCACGUGGCUAGCUGUAUCAUGUCCUUCUAAAGAAAGGCAUUUUGCAAGUAGUUUAUGAGCAUGUAACUGUGGUGCCGAGAACAGUACUUUUGUCCCCGAAAUUCAAAGCACACUAUGAAAUCAAGAAAAUAAUAGUUAUCCCAUUUCUCAGGUAGCAAACCAGGAACACAGCCAGUUAGAGACAUUAAAAUCUCAAUGGGAGACAUUCACAUUGUGUUUAUAUAUGGCAAAAAUGACACUUUGAUCACUCAGUCUGGUUUGAGCUGCAGUAGAGAAAGUGAUGUGUCCCUGUUUUGUGUGAGAAGAAUGUCUGGUCGUUGAUUCAGUCAUGCCUAGUUUCUUUAGAAACCUACCUAAACGUUUUACCAUGAGACCUUUAUAAGCCAGGGGUGAUCUGCUUUCCCACGGAGUUAAACCUGAAUGUACAUUUUACUAUUUCUGCUAAGGAAAGGGUAAAAAGGGAGUAUGUCCCCCAAAUGAAAUGCCUUUCUUCCCUGUAUAAUUGAUGGAAAAAAGGUAGUAUACUCUGAAGACCCCCAAAAGGAAAUCUUGGCUGCCCAGUAAAGAAUUCUGAACUUGGUCAGGGAGGACCUCCUUUUGAGGGCCUCGAAAGAUACUUAUCUCCCAUUAGCUAUACAAGGAACAUCAGCAUUUUAUUUAGAGGCAUGCUUGAGUGACCACAAGUGAAAGUGCAAGCCAGGUAGAUAGGACCCCACAGCCUGUAUUGCCUUGUUACCUUGAAUGAUCCUGUGUCAAGGGUCUGUAUUUAGCACAUCGACUUGGACAUACCCUUCGGUCUGCAUUUCAGCUUUCGGUUGUGCGGGAAUUUUUUCCUAUCAGCUUUUGGGAUCUUCAUUUGUUCCCUUCAUAUGGGUCUGUUGCCACAAAAAUGACAUCGACCCCUGUUGGAUUGCACAAUUUGCAAAGUGAUUUUGUUGUUAAAAAAUAACAACUUGUGGUAUGCUGGGCAGUGUUAAAGUUGAAACAUGGGUCACAAGCUCCCAUUACUUUGUCACUCAUUCUCCAGUGUUUUGUGUGUGUAAACUGCUGUGAUUGCCAACAAACAUGUCAGACUCACAUGAUACGAGUUUAAAAAGAGAGACAAAAGAGAAGUUUCUGCAGUGAGUUCAACAUCUGAGUUGAUGGUAUCGCUGUGGAAUCCAAAUGGAGGGGAAGCACUGCACACAGGCAAAACAGAGAGACCUCCAAGGGAAGAUGCUGACGCUUCCUUAUGGCACUCAUUUUUGUUAAAACUUGGCCAAAGUAUUUUGUAUAUGGAGACCGUGGUCAGCCAGCUCUGUUGUUUUUGAAUCAGUCACUUAGAACAAGUCUUCUCUAAUAAAGGUAUUGCUGUUAGUGGAGAAUUCACUUCCAGAGAAUUGGCAUAUCUCACAAUUUGCAGCAGACAAAUGGCGGGGGUUGAUUAGGAUGUGUAUUUGAUAUGGAAAUGCUGCUGUGAUCCCUUAAAGAGGCUGUUGCAUCAUCGGCAGCACACAGCAGUGCCUAAAGGCAGGCAUCUCAAAUCAGGUCCCUUGGUUAAUAAAAAUUUCAGGGAAGAAAAAAGCAAGGGAAAAGAUAAUAGAAGAUGAUAAAACACAAUAAUUAAAAUAAAAAACAGAAGCAAGCCUGCAGUGCAAAACCAUAUGAAUGGCAAAAAUGAUGUGAGUGAACUUGGAUGGACAUUUCCAAGAAGUGACUCAGUAGCUUAUCUUGUGUCCCCCAUCUACAUUAUGAGCAGAGUUCCCAUUUCUCACGCGGUCUGCCUUGUGUGGCCGUGGUGGAGUUCCCUAAUUCUUUAGAGAAUGCUUGAGUUACCAUGUGAAACUGUAGGUGCAGUAGCUGAGCUUGUGAAAAUGGGUCACUGGAUCAGUGCAUGCCACCAGCUCCUCCCCUGGAGAUGGGCCCCAGGCUGGCUGAGAGCUGGUACCUGAAGGAACGUGUGAGAUGCCGUGUCCUGUCUGGCUGAAGAAGUGGUGCAGGGAGGGAAGGAGAGGAGCCGCACGCCCGUCAGGAUGGGUGGGAGGCCUAUGGAGAAAACAACGACAGGGAGUUGGAGUGAACUGAUCAAUCAUUUCGAUGGAAUGGCGAGGGAGGCUUUCACUUGCUCUGUAACACGAGAGGACUUACAAACCCCACCACACAUCUGCCAUUGGAAAGGAGGGAGAACAUCUUUUUCUCUUUCCACAAACUUGGUUUCAAUGUAUUUAAAGCUGUUGCCAGGCCUGAACUGCCUCUGCCGCUACCUUUUCCACGGUGGCUCUUGGGAUGUGGGUGUCACGUAGCACGCAGGAGCUGGGAAGCUAACGUUCUCCAACCUGUCCAUAGGAAGAGAAAGGAGAUGUAUUCUGCAAGUCCCUGCUGCAAAGAUAAUUUCGUGGGAGAAUUCAGCGCUUGCUCGGAUUAAAGUGUCUCUUGCGCUGGCAUCAAUAUUGGCACCUACUCUUGUGUAGAAGGCUGUGAGUGUAAGCGGUGUGGGAAUCUCCCCUGCGCACCGCGCUGUCUUGUGCUAAUUAUGCAGCCUUCCAGCUGGAGCUGGUGGUCUGUGUCCUGUGACUUCAAACGGUUCCACUGGUGAUGUUAAUUGUAGCCGUUAGUCACUCAGAGUGGAGGUGAUUUAAAGGAAACUGACAACUUUAAGCAUUACACUUAAUGUCUAAAAACAUUAAAUCGGUGAUUGUUACGAGGAAUGCCUAGGAUUACGAUAACUUAAAGAGUUUCAGGGUUUGGUUGCAUUGUAACCUUGGUGGGACUUAGUGUAUAAUCACUUUCCCUAAAUAUGGUUUUCCCUGAGGUUCAUGUGCAUCUUUCACGCAUCAGUGGCAGAAGGAAUUAAAUAGUAGAAAAUGUGAUUCUAAAUCUAUGAAUAUAUUCAGAGGGGCAUAUACAGAAUACCUGACACUAUUUAAAAAAUUGUUUUGCAGUUAACUAAUGUUCAACUUGACAAUAGUGUCUCUUUUAAAUCAUUUGGUUCUCUAGCUCUUUCACCCUAUGGACUGUUAUGUGAAAUGUGUCCUACAAAACUUUCCCAGCUCUGCAUCCUUUCUUCUCCUACCCCCUUGCAUUCAACAUCAUCCUGUCUUCUGUAUGUACUUUAUUCUAUGAAUAACUGGAGAAAACUGUAAAAAAACCCCAAAUCCCCGAUAACCUGCAGACUAGAGCUUGAGGACCACUAUUUUAAAUAUUGCCCUUAUACAAAUCUCUGGUAACAGGGUGAAAUGGAAAAUGAGAGCAACAGCUGACCUCAUCAUAGAGGAAUACAAAAAAGACUCUGGCUAGGAGUCUGCACAGGUGUAGAUAGACAGUCAUCUGAGACAGCUCGUGUGAUUUAAGAUGUUACCUUCCCCUGACUGUUAAUUAUCACUCUUCAGGUAGGGACUACUGCCCCAACAUUUAAGCAACAGCAGAUUAUGGAAGUACUGUCCCAAGUACUGUGCACGGCUCACACUAACUCUGUUGACUCUGCACUCAUGCAGUUGUGAAAGCUCUCACACAAUCUAUUAAUACAACUCUGUUAUGAGAAUGCUGAUUAACAGCUAGUCGAGGCGACAUCUAAAAUUGCUAGGUUGGCUACCUGUGCCUUAAGGCUCUUGUGAUCUGUAGUACUUGUGUAGUGGUAACCACUGAAUACAUUUUUUUCGCAUGCAACAAUCUACUUCGGAGCCUUACGGAAAAUACUAUAGCACCGUAUCAAAAAUUCAAAAAUUAAAUUACAGGAGUAAUUUGCAAACAGUGCUUGUAUCCUCAGGAUAAAAUUUGUUUGUUUGUUUCUCAGUUUAGUACUGUUAGGACUCAGGGGGUCUGAGAUUUGUAAAGCCAGGACAAGUCUAUCAAUCAUGUUCUCUCUACGUAUAGUUUCAAUAACUAUUCUCUUUUCACAACGUGUUGUCAGUUUGAAUUUCAUUCUUGGACCUAGUAAGAUGGUUACUUUUGGUUUGUUGUGUUCCAACCUAAAAUCUGAAGAUUAAGCAACUUUGUGAAACAUGUCACUCUUUAUAUUGUAUAUUUAAAUAUCAUCAGUUCUCUGUGAUCAAUGGGCUGCUUUGGAGAGUACUACUACUUUAAAUCAUUGUUGGUUACUGAGGAAGAAUGACAUUCUGUUAAAUAAAAUACGACCAAAUGAAAAUUAAAA